AAGCGAGGAGGCAGUGCGGAGACGGGAGCCAGUGGCCAGUGACAGUGAGCGGCGACGUUCCAGUGUCCACUGUCCAGUAGGCGAGCGAGGAGGUGGUCCAUUGGCCGGCCAUGGCUCGUCUCCGCUGCGUCUUCGUCGUCUUCGUCCUGCUCUCGUCUGCCCUCCGCCUUCCAGGCGACGCCAUUGCCUCCCGGGGGCACCAUGGCCCCGCCGCACACGACUACAGGGACGCGCUCGUCAAGUCCAUCCUCUUCUUCGAGGGCCAGCGGUCGGGCAAGCUGCCGCCGUCGCAGCGCGUGUCCUGGCGCAGGGACUCGGGACUCUCCGACGGUCACUCCGCCAAGGUGGACCUGGUGGGCGGGUACCACGACGCUGGUGACAACGUCAAGUUCGGGUUCCCGAUGGCGUUCAGCAUGACGAUGCUGGCGUGGAGCGUGGUGGAGUUUGGCGGCCUCAUGAAGUCGGAGCUGCAGCACGCCAGGGACGCCGUCCGCUGGGGCGCCGACUACCUGCUCAAGGCCACGGCGCACCCGGACACCAUCUACGUCCAGGUCGGUGACGCGACCAAGGACCACGCGUGCUGGGAGCGGCCGGAGGACAUGGACACCCCCAGGACGGUGUACAAGGUGGACCGUGGCACCCCGGGAUCCGACGUCGCCGCCGAGACUGCCGCGGCUCUCGCCGCCGCCUCCCUCGUCUUCCGCAAGUCCGACCCGGCCUACGCCAGCCGCCUUGUCGCCAGGGCCAAGAGGGUGUUCGAGUUCGCGGACAAGCACCGCGGCUCCUACAGCACCGGGCUGGCGGCGGACGUGUGCCCGUACUACUGCUCCUACUCCGGGUACCAGGACGAGCUGCUGUGGGGCGCGGCGUGGCUCCACCGCGCCACCAAGAGCCCCUCUUACCUGAGCUACAUCCAGACGAACGGGCAGGUGCUGGGCGCGGACGAGUCGGACAACACGUUCGGGUGGGACAACAAGCACGCGGGCGCGCGGGUGCUCAUCUCCAAGUCGUUCCUGGUGCAGCGCCUGGGCGCGCUCCACGAGUACAAGGGCCACGCCGACGGCUUCAUUUGCUCCAUGGUGCCCGGCACGGCCACGGACCAGACGCAGUACACCCGGGGCGGGCUGCUGUUCAGGCUUAGCGACAGCAACAUGCAGUACGUGACGUCGAGCUCUUUCCUCCUGCUCACCUACGCCAAGUACCUGGCGUUCGCCAAGCAGACGGUGCGCUGCGGCGGCGUGGCGGUCACGCCGCAGCGGCUGCGCGCCAUCGCGCGCAGGCAGGUGGACUACCUGCUGGGGAGCAACCCGAUGGGGAUGUCCUACAUGGUGGGCUACGGCGCCAAGUACCCGCGCCGCAUCCACCACCGCGCUUCGUCGCUGCCGUCCGUGGCGGCGCACCCGGCUAGGAUCGGUUGCUCGCAGGGGUUCACCGCGCUGUACGCGGGUGGGGCCAAUCCCAACCUGCUCGUCGGUGCCGUCGUCGGGGGACCCGACAUGCAGGACAGGUUCCCCGACGAGCGGAACGACCACGAGCACUCGGAGCCGGCCACCUACAUCAACGCGCCGCUCGUCGGCGCGCUCGCCUACCUCGCGCACUCCUACGGCCAGCUCUAAGCUCCCUAGCGUUAAUUGUUGCCGUGUUGAUUGAUUGUUCGGAAAUUAGAGCAUCGCGAUUUGACGACCCCAGUGCAAGCAAAACCAAGGACGCUUCGCUUGUGGGUCUUAAUAUAUUGCCACUAGUACUCGUAGGCGUGAUUUGUUUGUUACGCGACGCCGCUGCUGGCGCACGUAUGUAAGCGCGGAGACAAACUGUGCUCCACGGCUCCACCAAGUGUACUGCUACUAAGGUUGCAGCUCGCAACUCUAUCUGAUGCUAUCUACUGUUUUGUUUAAUUACAUCCACGAACCUAUCCGCCA